CGGUACAAUAGUAGGGCACAGGAGGAACACGGAGGGAUUCUCAGGCGGAGACUGCUGGCACGUACCCGGUACACAUCGCUGAUUCGCACUCCUACGGGACCGAAGAAAUGCUUCUUUCUCUGGGCUUGACAUAAACAUCACUCCCGGGGAGCCAGCACAAGAAUACGAUGGCCCCAAAUUCCAUCCACUGGUUCCGUAAGGGGCUGCGCCUCCACGACAAUCCRGCCCUCCGGGAGGCGGUGCGGGGGGCYGGCACCGUGCGCUGCGUUUACUUCCUGGACCCGUGGUUCGCAGGCUCGUCUAACGUCGGGGUCAACAGGUGGAGGAUCAUCGAGCUGAACGGCGGUCAGCCUCCUCUCACCUACAAGCGUUUCCAGACGCUGAUAAGCCGGCUGGACCCGCCCGAGAUGCCGGUGGAGACGCUGUCGGACGCGCUGAUGGGCGGCUGCGUCACGCCCGUCGCUGAGGACCACGGCGAAAAGUACGGWGUCCCGUCGCUGGAGGAGCUGGGUGAGGAAACCAACGAAACAAUCGCGUGGGUGGCGAACUUCGAGCGUCCCCGGAUGAACGCCAACUCGCUGCUGGCCAGCCCCACCGGCCUCAGCCCCUACCUGCGCUUCGGCUGCCUCUCCUGCCGCCUCUUCUACUUCAAACUCACCGACCUCUACCGCAAGGUAAAAAAGAACAGCUCUCCUCCGCUCUCGCUGUACGGACAGCUGCUGUGGCGCGAGUUCUUCUACACCGCGGCUACCAGCAACCCGCGCUUCGACAAGAUGGAGGGAAACCCCAUCUGCGUCCGCAUCCCGUGGGACAAGAACCCCGAGGCUCUCGCCAAGUGGGCCGAGGCCAAGACCGGCUUCCCCUGGAUAGACGCCAUCAUGACGCAGCUGAGGCAGGAGGGCUGGAUCCAUCACCUGGCCCGGCACGCCGUGGCCUGCUUCCUCACCAGAGGAGACCUGUGGAUCAGCUGGGAGGAAGGCAUGAAGGUUUUCGAGGAGCUGCUUCUGGACGCAGACUGGAGUGUGAACGCGGGCAGCUGGAUGUGGCUGUCCUGCAGUUCAUUCUUCCAGCAGUUUUUCCACUGCUACUGCCCCGUGGGCUUCGGCCGGCGCACCGACCCCAACGGGGACUUCAUCAGGCGAUACUUACCUGUCCUCCGAGGUUUCCCCGCAAAGUUCAUCUACGACCCCUGGAACGCCCCCGAGUCCGUUCAGGCGGCAGCCAAGUGCAUCAUCGGAGUCCAUUACCCGAAACCCAUGGUGCACCACGCGGAGGCCAGCCGGCUCAACAUCGAGAGGAUGAAGCAGAUCUACCAGCAGCUGAGCCGAUACAGAGGCCUGGGUCUAUUAGCUUCUGUCCCGUCCACAAACGGGAACGGAAACGGAGGAAUGAUGGCCUACUCUCCUGGAGAGCAGCAGUCAGGGACCAACAACAACAAUUCACAUUUGCCUGGAGUGUCGGGAAGCUCGGUGACCACCGGGAACGGCAGCAUUUUAUUUAACUUUGGCAACGAAGAACAGACGGGGCCCAGCAGCGUUGGACAACAGCAACAGCAGCGACUUCACACACUGCCACAGAACCAACAUCAGCAGCAACAUGGAUACCACUCAGUGCCAGACGCCAGCCAGAACAUCACCAGCAGCCGACUCUAUCAUGAGUUUGCUGUGCCUCAACACCCAGGCCUCCUGCUGCACACCAAGGGCAGCGGCAUCACCGGAAAACGAGAGCGCGAGUCAGAACGGGAAGGGUCCGGGGAAGAGGAGCCGGCGUCCUGCUCUGUCAACAAAAUGCAGAGACAGAGUGCAGAGACAUCUUAGGCCUGGUGGAGACGAGGCGGCUUGAAAACACGUCAGCAUCGCCGUCCGGUCGGAUGUUUGGGGAACCGUCGCCUCCUGAGCUCCAUCCGGACACGACGACCUGCCCGUCGAUCUCAACGCACCAAAACUGUGUGUCUUUGUUUUGUUUUUCAAARCUCCCAGAGGUAUAAACACAAAGGUGAAAAUGGGAUGAUUUGUUUAAUCCAACGACAAAAUUUGUUUGUUUUUUUAAAGUUAAUUGGUUCUUUCAGGUGGGACAGCAUGAAAAGAAUGUGCAAAACGCCUCAAACCUAYGUCUUGGUUAAAAUGUUUGCAAAAAAAAUAAGUUUAAUUAACAAGAAAAGUAAAAAAAAUCACUUGAUUGUCUUAAAACUGCUGCCACCAGCCAAUAUAAACUGUACUGAUACUGAAUUGCAGCUAUAAUUGUGGUAAUAGAUUUUAUUUUUUCCCCUCUUACAGUAAAACUACCUAAGACACUAAAUCCGACCCAUCAGUUUUACAUCUUCACAGCAAAAUAAUGCAGUUUUUAUAUUUGUUUUAUGCACCGGAGCAAAAAAUUGUGUAUUUUAUUUAAUGAAAAUGUGGACAGAUUUCAUUAUUCUGAGGUUUUUCUUUCCUUGAAUCAAUAAAAGUAACUCAAAGUGUCGUUUUGACAGUGACAACCAGCCAGGUACUUUCAGGGACUUUAUAGAAAUAAUCCAAGUACUUUCUCAGUUCACCUGUUGCUAGUUUGUGUGUAAAUACAGUUUCCAUUCAUUUGAGGUCCAACUGGUCGUGUUUUUGUUUUGUUUUGUUAAGUCUGCCGCUGCCUGCUGGGGUGUAGGAGGUUGUUUGUUGGCAGCUAGUGACUGAAGGUUUAUUUUGUUUGGAGGUUUUACGACACAAAGCACAGGAAUCUAAUUACAYAAUGUGUAACAAAGCACCUCAGACCAGCUCCAUUCUCCAUCUUGGAUUGUUUUUACAGUGCGUUACUACAGAUGACUUUGAAGAUUGCUUUUAACUUGGUUGUUUAUGCUGUAAAAAAAGAAAAACUGUCGUUCCUUUACUUUYAUUUUUUUAUUUAUUCUCAUAGACGUCAUGGUGAGUCCACCCACAUCACAAACAAUAACUAUAAUGGAUACACUGAUACACUGAUAAUGGAUUAUUUCAAAGCAYUUUAAAAAGCUAUUCAAAUUAAAAACCUGGCAGCCAUUUUAAUUAUACCUCUAAUCAGUUCUCCUUUUCACCAUAUUAUCCUCACAUCUGUCUUCAUGUUGCCACUUUCUCCAAAUCUCUCCUCAUAGCAGCUGUAAACYUUCUUUUUCUCCUGCAGCUGUCUCUUGCAUCACCUCUGAAACUCUUUCCCUCCACUUCCCCCACCUGCACUCACCGUUCACCAGCUUUGAAUCCUCCAGCAGCCUGUUAAAACUCAUCCUUUUUUUGUCCCUCUCCUCUCGUCUUCCUCCCAUUCGGGCAGAUUAAUUUUGCCCUGGUGCCACUGGAUUUCAUUCUCCUUCCUCCUGUUUUCUGAACUCUCCCAAAAAAAUCACAAUAUCAUCGGCAAACGCCACAAUGUCAUACUAUUAAUAUAUAAAAAUGCACGUCCUCGUCUGUUUUUAGUUUGCUUUCACUGAUUUAUGUGAGGUUACCAGUGGUGUGGAAAACUAUUUUAUCUGAAAUCUCACCCAACAGUCAACAAAAUACAUCAGAACCUUCUGCAAACCUUCACUGUAUAUUCCUGCAGAUAUUUCUGCAGGAAUAUGCAGAGAUAUCUGAAUAUUCCUGCAGAGAAUAUGCAGGAAUAUUCURCAUAUUCCUGCAUAUUCUCAACACAUCCAUUGCCUGCUUCAUCUCCCUGACUUUCAUUCUUCUUCCUCCUGUUUUCUGGACUCCCCCCAAAAAAUUACAACAUCAUCUGCAAACAUAAUCAUCAUAUUGAGAAUAUACAGAAACGUAAUUGGGUUCAUCUAAUUUUUUUGUUUAUUUACAGUGAUUUACAUUAACUUAAAAGUAACGUGGUGAAACACUUUUAUCACCUGAAAUCACUGUAAAUGGAGACCAAAAUACAUAAUGGCUGUCAAACGUCACUUUUCAUAUCUCUGCCAUCCUUCAUGUCUGAAAUUCUUUAACUAAAUUCUUAAACUCUUCCAUUUUCUGUGUCUCUGCUCCCAUUCAUUCAAACACAUUAAUUCUGUUUGCUUUCGCUGAUUUAUUAUUUUUCACCUGCUUUCUGGACUCUUACAAAAAAAAAUAAUAUCAUCUGCAAAUGUGAUAAUCAUGAUGCUGGGAACACACAGGCACCUUGGGAAUUCUCUGUUUCCUUACAUGUGAUCUUACUGGUGACAUGGGGAAAAUGUUUGCGUCAUCUGAAAUCAACAAACCGACAUAAAACUGAGGUCAGACGACCUGCGACUCGAGUUUCUACAAGUCAAAAAAUGCUUGAAGCUGCAGAUUAAAGUCAAAUUCGAUAGGACGUUUCUGUACUUACAUUUUCCACAGAUCGGUCGACAUUGUCCUACAGUUAACAUCCUGCUCUCACUUUUGUUUUUGAUGUGAAACUAUUUUAGGGUUAAAUUAGAGUUUAUUGCAUUUUAGACUUUUUAGCUGUUUAAAUAAACAGUUGAAUUGUCACUGGUCCUGUUUUCGUAGCGCCGUUCUGAGGAACCUUAGAAUAAAUCAAACCCUGUCUGUGGUUCAUGUGGUUCAGUUGAAUAUUAUCGCCCUGCACUCUGAUUUUACCACAUUGCAGAUUUUCUUUCUUCUAYUCUUAUUGUUUGUGGUGUGGACGCCCACUAAUGGYAGAAAAAYGAGUCRCAGCUUCUCCACCUUUUGCUUUUUGUUUGUUUUGAAGGAAAGUGUUUGGACUCGGCUGUAAAUAUUAAUCAGCUUUAAUCUUUGCUGUCCCAGUUAAUCAGACACAUGCAGUCUGUUCUGUUUGACCAUCUGCAUAUUUAACAUUAUUAUUCACAAACCCAUUGUCUCUGUGGUUUUUCCACCUCUAGGUAAUGUUGUUACAGUGUCGGUGAUUUAAUGUUUCAAAGAUUUUUAUUUAAACUUACACGACCAAAUAUGCAAUAAAAAUUAAGAAUUUUA